AUGGAGAACCGAAUCAGAGGAAGUGGUCAUGGCAUUGCAGCUGCAAGGAUGGAUGCAAAGUUAAACACUGCAGGGUGGAUCUCUGAACAAAUGGGUGGUGUAAGUUACCUGGAAUUUCUACGAGCACUUGAAGAAAAAGUAGAUCAGAACUGGGAUGAAAUCUCUGCCUCCCUAGAGAAUAUCCGACAAUCUUUAAUUUCAAGGAAAGGUUGCCUAAUAAAUCUAACUGCAGAUGGAAAAAACCUUACAAACUCAGAAAAAUAUGUUGGCAAAUUUCUGGAUUUGCUUCCAAGCACUUCCACGGUUGAAUCAUCUAGUUGGACUGCUCGGCUUCCUCCAAUAAAUGAAGCUAUUGUUAUACCUACUCAGGUAAAUUAUGUUGGGAAAGCAGCUAACAUAUAUGAGACUGGUUACCAGCUUAGAGGGAGUGCAUAUGUUAUUUCUAAAUACAUUAGUAAUACAUGGUUGUGGGAUCGGGUACGAGUUAGUGGUGGGGCUUAUGGAGGCUUCUGUGAUUUUGAUACUCACUCAGGAGUAUUCUCAUUCUUAUCAUAUCGUGAUCCCAAUUUAUUGAAAACACUUGGUGUAUAUGACGGAACUGGUGGAUUCCUCCGAGAAUUGGAAAUGGAUGAUGAUACUCUUACAAAAGCAAUUAUAGGGACUAUCGGAGAUGUAGAUGCAUACCAGCUACCUGAUGCCAAAGGAUAUAGUAGGUUAGUUGGCAUUCUUCAUUGA